AUGGCGGCGGAUUCGCUGGAUCAAACCUCACCGGCAGACAUUUCGUCGGAAACAGAGCCGAAAACUACAGACGGGAAGGCAAAAUAUGAACUCUCGAAGUCGCAGGCGGGCAAACUGUGGGAGGAGCUCGGAAACCCCAGCGAGCCGGUUAAUCUGAUGCCUGGCGGUACUUACAAUUCCGCGGGUGGUAAGCCUAAGGAGGUUACAUUUAUGAAUUCAUUACAAUCCCUGUCUCUUGACAAGUUUAUAUCGGCCUACAAAGCUCCAUGCGCACGAGAUUCACUUCUGUUGGGAAUCGGCACAGGGUUCGGCGUUGGAGGAGUAAGGGCAAUUCUUGGAGGCAUUCGUUCGCUAUGGUCUGCUAGUAACUGGGCCGUUGGGUCUUUCGCAAUUGUUUCGUUGGCGGCACAUGAAUACUGCCAGAGACAGAGGGCGAUUGAACGCGAGGGAAUGAAGGAAGCUGCUGAGCUCAUGAGAGAACUCAAACUUAGGAAGCAGAAGGAGAGGGAUGCUGCCAGAAAACUUCAGGAGGAAGAGGAGGCCCGGAAAGCCGAAGAGGCGCGACGGAGAAGCUGGACAAACCCGUCCAACUAUAAAUUCUGGUAG